AUGGGCACGGGUCGCUACAAGACGGAAGAGUCACUGCGCGCGUCCAUCUUCGGCGAGAUCCUGCUGUGCCGCGACCAACUCACAGGUGAGCGCGUAGUAGUGAAGACAGUGGACAUGAAGUUGGCGCUGCAGCAGACGUCGCGCUCGCAUGAACUCGUGCAGGAGAACGUGAUGCAUGAGGUGGAGGUGCUGGACCGUGUGCGUGCGCUGGGUGGACACCCGAAUGUCAUUAAUAUGCACAGCUACUUCGUGGCCAAAGGUGGAGGCGUACUACAUAUGGUUUUAGACUACUGCGAGGGUGGUGAUCUACUGGACGCAUGUGUACAGCCUCCCGAGAGAGGCGACAACAAGAGCAGCAACAAUGGUACAUGUAGUUGUCAGGGUAACCACAAAGAGGACGUAGUCGUAGCAACAUCAGCAAAAGCACUCGACGAACAUGGCCCCGAACAGGACAACAACCACGGAUCCAUCCUGAACGGUGUGGAUAGGUCAAAGCGCCUGCAAGAGAGCGUGGCGCAGACGUACCUAUUGGACGUGCUGUCUGGGCUGCGCUUCCUUCACAGUCAUGGCAUCGCCCAUCGGGACGUGAGUCUCGAAAACAUUCUACUGCGCAACGAUCAUGCUGUGAUUGCAGAUUUUGGACUUUGUGUGCAGGACGCGUCGGCGUCGUCAGGCAAUCCGACAGGCGACGGGUUCAGCUGCGAGGAAAUGGUGGGUAAAAACUACUACAUGGCACCGGAGAUCGUGAUGCGCGAGCGAUAUGACCCGCGACGAGCGGACAUUUGGUCGGUGGGCAUCGCGUUCUUCAUCCUUUUGACAUCGUCCCCGCCGUUCGAGCGCGCCGACCCGUCCGACCCGGGCUUCCGGUAUGUGGCAAAGCGCGGCAUCAAGGCUGUGUUCACGGCAUGGGGGUUGAGCCAGGAGGUGUCGGAUUCGAUGCAGGAUCUGCUGGCGCGCAUGCUGUGCGUGGACCCGGCAGAGCGCAUCACCAUGGACGAGAUCUGGCAACACCCGGUGCUUCGGUACGCCGAGUUGGCAGCCAAUUGCGACUGAGCUGUUGGACACCGCCUCACUGACGAUAGUGGUGGCGGUAAUGGUAUCGUGGGUAUUAAUAGUUGUAUCAAGCUUGGAGCAAGGCAGAGCAAAGCAAGACGCGUCGAUACAAAUGCUGGGUCCAUCUGGUAG